AUGGUGGCCGUGUUGCGCCUCGAGCCGCACGAGGAGCGCGUCGCGUCUGAGGACUAUAGCGACGCUCCCGCAGCGCCGUCAGGGCCUGGCGGGACAGCCGCAGCUGGCGCCAUUGGCAACGACAGCAACAGCGGCGGUGUCAGUGGCGGGGACAAGGGAUAUGUAAAUGCUACUAGCAGUGGCGGCGGCGGCACUGGCGGCGCUGGCGGCGGCAGUGGCAGGUGGGUGGUGUGGCGCAUCGUGGAGCAGAGCAACUUCUUCGAGGUGGACCCGCUGGUGGCGGAGGUGCCCCUCAUUGGCGCGCUCUAUGCCUGGUCCGCGCGCCUCGCAUUCCUCCCCACGAUGCUGUCGCACGCCAUGACCGCCGCCAAUGCCGUGUACCGCCUGGGGCUGCCAGGGAUCUGGGUGGCAUCGUCUGUCCUGUCUGGCGUGCGACAGGCUGUCACCGGCAUCCUGCAUGUGCUGUUCUGGGUGCCCAAGAGACACUAG